UCUGGCGAGGUUUCGGUUUGCAAUUGCAUGAAUAGAAAGAGGUUUUGAGUUCGUGUUACUUGAGGAGAAAGCUGUCGUAAAGGAGCCGCAUUUGGCUUCUCCGGGAAUGAUAUCCAAGGAGAUUUUCCUUCAUUUUCUCUCGAUUGAUUUCUUGGUUUUGUUGCACACGAGGUUUUGUUCUGAAUAGGCCAAGGAGGGAUUCUGAAGAAUUUCAAUGGAGGCAAACCAGAAAAAUCCUAACUUUGUCUCGAAGAGGGGGAAGUACAAGAAAAAGCGUGAUCGGAGAAAGCUGCUUGUCGGUGAAAAAGUAGAGGUGAGGAGUUUCGAAGAUGGGUUCCUCGGUUCUUGGCACUCUGGAACCGUAACUGCACUAGAAAAGCAAGCCCGUCAUAUCAGAUAUGAUCACCUCCUGUCUGAAAAUGGCGGGGAUAAUGUCGUCCAGACAGUAUCUGUCUCAAAGGUAGUAGAAGGGGCAAGAAUCGCCAAACCCUCCUCCUUUGAUGGUUACCGUGGAUCUAUAAGACCACCGUCUCCAAAAAUUCUGUUUGAUAAACAUGACCUUCGAUAUGGACUAUGCGUUGAUGUGUAUCACGUUGAAGCGUGGUGGGAAGGUGUAAUCCUCGACCACAAAGAUGGUUCUGAAGAAUGGAAGAUCUUCUUUCCCGAUUUGGGCGAUGUGAUGAAUGUCGGGAUUGACUCUUUGCGUAUUUCUCAGGAUUGGGAUGAGAUUACUGAGGUGUGGCAUCAGCGUGGGACUUGGUUGGUUAUUGAGUUGAUCGAGAAGCACGAGAAGGAGAACUUUAUUCCUGUCUCGAUGGAGCAAUUGUGGUAUGAUAUAAGAGUUAAACCUGGUUUCGACGAGAUUGGCGAGUGGACUUGUUGUAAGAGAUUAUUGUGGGAAGACCUGGUACUUGAAGUUAUCCAAGAUAAUCUAAUAAUCACCAUAGAUCAUUUCCUUCAAGAACUCAAUGAUACAAGAUAUUCUCGAGAAUGUUUUAAUAACGAGAAUCCAGGAAAUUCCCACGCACAUAGCGAGAAAACUCGGAUGGAGAAUGACAAGAAUCAGGUUUUGCCUUACAAUAUAGAAGACAGCUUCCAACCAAGUUUGUCUGCUACAAACGAUGGCGAAGAUGAGCACAUUGUUGAUACUAUAGAGGCCUAUUUGGAGAUCAACAAUAGAGAGUGUAACAAGAAAGAUCUGAAAAUCCAGACUUUGAAAGAUAAAGUGAAAACACAUCUUUUUGCUAUCGGAUGGCAAUUUUCAAAGAUAUUUUAUGGAAGAAAAUGCCUCUCGAGGUACACUUCACCAUGUGGUAAAUGCUGCGUCUAUACCCUUAAACAAGCAUGUAGAAAAUACUUGAAAAGUAGGCAUUCGAAGAAUGAAGCCAGUGAAGUUCAAGAAAUCAGAAAUCUGAAAAGAAAGCGAAAGAGUGAUUCUCCAAGCUUUCGAUGCGACUCUCCCCAACAAAAGAUCAGCUCGAAGUUUUCAGAUAGAAUUGUGGAUGCGAAAUCUAGAAAGAAAUCAAGAACGGUCGUGGAACCGAGCCAUUAUCUCAACGAUAACCGAGGUAGAAUUCGUAUCCUACUCCCGAGAAAAAGAUUGUGUCAGGGCUCAACUCAGCAUUCUACAUACCAAGAUCCGAGAACCGUGCUUUCUUGGUUAAUAGACAACAACGUGAUUCCACUGGAGGGGAAAAUUUACUGCUAUGGAAUGGAUCAAAUUACAACGAAAGAAGGGAAAAUCGGCCAUGAUGGCAUCAAAUGUGGUUGCUGCAGUGAAAUCAUGACUAUACGAAGUUUUUCCCUUCACGCUGGUAAAGAACACCAAACCCCAGCGGCAGAAAUCUUCUUAGAAGACGGAAGAUCUCUUUUGGAUUGCCAGAUGGAGGCCAAUGAGGUGAGAGAGAGAAUGGAGAAAGACGGUUCUUCGAGAAGAAAAUGGCGUCAAGGAGAGAAUGAUGAUGUUUGUUCUCUUUGUCUCUAUGGCGGCGAUUUGCUUCUAUGCGACGGAUGCCCAUCUGCAUAUCAUAAAGAUUGCGUCAGGUUAGAGGAUGUUCCUGAUGAUGACUGGUUCUGUCCGAUGUGCUUUUGCGAGAUAUGUGGGAAAGUGAAUCUAAAGCAAGAUAUCUGCCAUUCCAAGGAAGAUCAAUUUAUCAGAUGCCAUCAAUGUGAGCGUGAAUGUCAUGUUUCUUGCCUGCCUAACCGAGGCGUAGAUAACAUGUCAGAGAAGGACAAGGGAGAGAACUGGUUCUGCAGAGACGAAUGUAAAGAGAUAUUCGAGCGCCUUCAGAAGCUGGUUGGGAUACAAACACUGGUGGGUUCAGACAAUCUAACAUGGACAUUGAUGAAAACCCUGAAAUCAGACAUAGCCAAUCUCAAUCAUGAGUAUGAAAGCAAGCUAAACCUAGCCGUUGAUAUCAUGCACGAGUGUUUUGAGCCGGUCGAUGAAACUCAAUCUCAGGGAGAUAUCAUCAGAGAUGUCGUUUUCAGCAGGAGCUCAAAACUCAGACGCUUAAACUUCACGGGAUUCUACACAAUUCUUCUCGAAAGAAACGAUGAGCUAAUAGCAGUGGCUGCAAUUAGAAUAUUUGGAAAAAACGCCGCAGAGAUUCCUAUUGUUGCUACGAGGUUCCAAUAUCGUCGUCAUGGAAUGUGUCGAAUUUUGAUGGACAAACUUGAAGAGAAGCUGAGAGAAUUAGGAGUAGAGAGACUGGUUUUGCCGUCGGUUCGUUGCGUGCUCAACACUUGGAUAAACUCAUUUGGGUUUUCAGAGAUGACGGAUUCAGAGAGGAAAAGCUUAUUGAGCUACACUUUCUUGGAUUUUCAGGAUACAGUGAUGUGCCACAAAACUCUUUAUCAGAAGAACCCUCUCCUAGUUUCAACCCCAUCACCCAAUGAGAAGCUUGAGAAGAGAAACAGCAAAGAACAAGACAUUGGGGGCAUCAUGUCUUGAGGGCGUUUCGUCUGUUAUUUUCAAACGUAUACGUAGGUUGAUUGGUUUUUAUUGAUAAAUGAUGAUGCGUCUACCAAAUUUUGUAGGCGUAAUCUGUUUUGAAGUGACCACAUAAAUGGCGUGGAUUGUCCGAUCCCUUCUGUCCAAUCCGUAAUAAGUUCGUAAACCGCUGUUCGGUUUU